ACAUGAUUGGUAUUUGGUACCAAUUUGGUAGAAGAUUUACUGUCUCUCCCAUUUUCAUUAGACGUCAUGUUAGGCUGUUAGCCAUGUUAUGUGGUAAACCAAAUAAGUAAAACCCUAAACCCUUUUGUCUAAAGGACAAUCCUCUGCAAAUGGGUUUGAUGAGUAGAAUCUCAAGAACUCGAAAAUUAAUCAGACAAAUUCCAACUUUAAACAGUUCAUUGAUUUAUUCAACCAGAAUAAACAAUGAGUCAACCUAUUCAUUUUGUUCAAAAUCUAGGAAUUCUCGGAAAGAGAAUGACAUAGAUUUGAGCGAAUACCCAUCUGACAAAAUCCGCAAUUUUUCCAUUAUUGCUCAUGUUGAUCAUGGCAAAUCUACUCUUGCUGACCGUCUUUUGGAGCUUACUGGCACUAUCAGGAAAGGCAUUGGUCAGCCUCAGUACCUUGACAAACUCCAGGUGGAGAGGGAAAGAGGAAUUACUGUUAAAGCUCAAACUGCUACUAUGUUCUACAAGCAGAACUCGAACACAGCAACCAGUGCUAGUACUGAAGGCAACUCGACGUUUUUAUUAAAUUUGAUUGAUACACCUGGUCAUGUUGAUUUUAGCUAUGAAGUAUCAAGAUCCUUAGCUGCCUGCCAAGGGGCUCUCUUAGUUGUUGACGCCGCUCAAGGGGUUCAAGCACAGACCGUUGCCAACUUUUAUCUUGCUUUUGAAUCAAAUUUGUCAAUAAUCCCGGUCAUAAACAAAAUUGAUCAGCCUACUGCUGACCCUGAUCGUGUUAUGGCCCAACUAAAGUCAAUGUUUGAUCUUGAACCAAAAGAUGCUGUCCUCACAUCUGCUAAAACAGGUCAGGGUCUUGAGUACGUCCUUCCUGCAGUGAUAGAACGUAUACCUCCUCCCCCUGGAAAUGCUGGUUCGCCCUUGCGCAUGCUUUUGUUAGAUUCAUAUUAUGAUGAAUACAAAGGAGUUAUAUGCCACGUGGCUAUUGUUGACGGUACUUUGUGCAAAGGUGACAAGAUUUCAUCUGUUGCGACUGGACACACUUAUGAAGUUUCAGAUGUUGGGAUCAUGCAUCCAGAGCUCGUGCCUACUGGUGUCCUUUUCACUGGCCAAGUGGGAUAUGUGGUCAGCGGCAUGCGUUCAACAAAAGAGGCUCGUAUUGGUGAUACCCUGUUUCAUGUGCGUUCUGUCGUAGAGCCCCUCCCAGGUUUUAAGCCUGCUAAGCAUAUGGUGUUUUCUGGUCUAUAUCCUGCUGAUGGAUCAGACUUUGAAGUACUUAAUCACGGAAUUGAGAGGCUGACAUGCAAUGAUGCCAGUGUUUCUGUCUCAAAAGAAACUAGCUUGGCACUUGGCCUAGGUUUUAGGUGUGGUUUCUUAGGCUUACUUCACAUGGAUGUUUUCCAUCAACGGCUUGAGCAGGAGUAUGGAGCUCGAAUAAUAUCCACUGUUCCAACUGUUCCAUAUAUAUUUGAAUACUCUGAUGGAAGCAAAGUUGAAGUCCAAAAUCCUGCUUCUUUGCCGUCCAAUCCCAAAUCACGAGUGACAGCUUGUUGGGAACCAACCGUUCUAGCUACCAUGAUUUUCCCUAGUGAGUAUGUUGGGCCUAUCAUAACCCUUUGCUCUGAUCGGAGGGGGGUGCAGCUAGAGUUCUCCUUCAUAGAUAGUCAAAGGGCCUUAAUGAAGUACCGAUUACCUCUGCGAGAAAUAGUUGUCGACUUUUAUGAUCAACUAAAAAGCAUUACUUCAGGAUAUGCUUCGUUCGACUAUGAAGAUUCAGAGUAUCAAGCCACUGAUUUGGUGAAACUGGAUAUCCUUUUGAAUGGACAACCAGUUGAUGCAAUGGCAACCAUUGUCCAUAGUUUGAAGGCACCACGACUUGGUCGGCAAUUAGUGGAAAAGUUGAAGCAAGUCAUAGACAGGCAAAUGUUUGAAGUAUCAAUUCAAGCAGCAAUCGGAUCAAAAGUGGUUGCAAGGGAGACGAUUACUGCAAUGAGAAAAAAUGUUCUAGCAAAAUGUUACGGUGGUGAUAUUACACGAAAGAGGAAGCUAUUAGAAAAGCAAAAGGAAGGAAAGAAACGAAUGAAGCGUGUUGGUUCAGUUGAUGUACCACAGGAAGCAUUUCAUGAGCUCUUGAAGGUUUCAUAGAGAAAGGUGCUUGCGGAGCGAGAAGCAUCAUUCCAACUUGUAACUUUAUAUUUCAACCUACAAUUAUAGCAUUCUUUCCAUACUACUAUUUGUAGUUUCAAGUGAACUGACAAACUGUUGUUAGUCCUUAGAACAUUGUCUUUCCGAGAAAAUUUUGUUAAUCAGGUGUCUUAUUGUCAAUAAUCAAGCCAUCCUUGUGCUUCAUGUAAAUUCUCACCUGGGUGUAAGAUGAAGAUUGUAUUUAAUUGUCUGUAUGUGACCUAAAAUGACAAGCUUUUAUCCCUCAUAUACUGCUCAAAUUAGCUUAGUUGUAUAAAGAUUAAAGAACUUUUGAUUCAAAUAUUUCAAUAAUAAACUUCUGUUUAAUUUU